CUCCUUGAAACUAGCACGUAUAGUGUGUAAUUAACAACAAACUCUCCCUAAUAUAAACAAGUUCCGCAUAAUGGCCAUGCCACAGAUCAGCCAAGCCGACCAGGCUAAAUUGCAGCUAAUGCAAGAAAUGGAAAUUGAAAUGAUGUCUGACUUAUAUAAUCGUAUGACAAAUGCCUGCCACAAGAAAUGUAUACCACCACGUUAUGGUGAAGCUGAAUUAGGUAAAGGUGAGAUGGUCUGUAUUGAUCGCUGUGUGGCCAAGUACUUGGAUAUACAUGAAAAAAUUGGCAAAAAGCUAACCGCUAUGUCUAUACAAGAUGAGGAGCUAAUGAAAAAGAUGUCUGGCUAAGCUUCACAAAAAAAAGCCAACAACAACUCAGGCCGCAAAACCAAUUUAAAAACAAACAAACCAAUAAUUUUUACUGAAGUAGUUUUAAGUUUGCUGGCAUUAAGCGCCAGCAGUACGCUGUUUCCAACUUCCUUUUGUUGACGUUUUCCUCAGUAUGACUGUCGAUGGUGCAACUUUUGACAGAGCAUCAUUGCAAAGUUUUGCUGUGCAAAAAUAACAAUAUGUGAAUGUAAAUGUAAAUGUAAAUGUGAUUGCAUUUCAUAUGAGUACGCAUCCUACUCUUCUUAUAGUUCAAUAAAAAAACAUUUUGUUUUUUAAAAUAAA